ACGAGAGGUCACCAGAUACAAUGGUUUAACAUAUCAAUGUCAAGAAGGUUGGAGGCCUUUCCUUCUGUUCCAAUUGAGAAAGGGAUUCGCAAUGGGUGCAUAUAAAUAUAUGCAAGAACUUUAUCGCAAGAAGCAAAGCGAUGUACUCCGCUUCUUGCUUCGUGUUAGAUGUUGGCAAUAUCGUCAAUUGACUAAAAUGCAUCGUGCUCCUAGACCGUCUAGGCCUGAUAAAGCACGCCGUUUAGGUUAUAAAGCUAAGCAAGGGUUUGUCAUAUUUAGAAUUCGUGUAAGAAGAGGUGGGCGCAAACGUCCUGUUCCUAAAGGUGCAACUUAUGGAAAACCAAAAAGUCAUGGUGUUAAUCAGUUGAAACCUACUAGAAAAUUACAGUCUGUUGCUGAAGAACGUGUUGGUCGUCGUUGUGGUGGUCUACGAGUUUUAAACAGUUAUUGGGUAGCUCAAGAUUCUUCAUAUAAAUAUUAUGAAGUUAUUUUGGUUGAUCCAGCACAUAAGGCAAUUCGUAAUGAUCCAAAAGUUAAUUGGAUAUGUAAUGCAGUACAUAAACAUCGUGAACUUCGUGGAAAGACAUCAGCUGGCAGAAGUUCACGCGGUUUAGGCAAAGGACAUCGUUAUUCGCAAACUAUUGGUGGUUCUCGUCGUGCAGCAUGGCUGAGAAGAAACUCUUUAUCGCUUCGCAGAAAGCGAUAAAGUUUUUAAAUAUUUCUAAUGAUAAGUACAUGAUACAUCAUUGCAUUGAUAUGUUACAGAUAUUUGUAUCAAUAUUAUGGUAUAUCCUGUACAAAAUAAACACUUAUUUCCUAAUUA